CAUGACCUUCUAUACCAUUCGAAGCCUGCUCAACGUUAUCAACGUGUUUGCCGACGUCAACGCCCUCACCGCCCUUCUAAUGACAUUCGUCAACGGUGCCAUACGAUCUCGAAGUCGCUGCGUGCUCGUGAGGUGCUGUUGCGACGUGCGUGACUCGUUGGCCAUGUACCUCGGCUGCUCGGUCGUGCUGACGGUGAUCUCCUGCCUCUGCCGCAAGGUGGAGAUAUUCGUGCUGGUCCUGACUCCCUACGACCCGGUCGAAUGCUGCGGAGUGAAGAGUGCGGUCUACCUCAAAGGGCGCCUGGACAACCCAGAAUUUAGCGCGAACGCGAUAUCUCGAUUUGUUGGUUUCUCCAUCAUCGACUCCCUAAUGACAGGAUUCAAGGGUGUACUAAUGAUGCGCCUCUUCGAAUUUUACGACGACCUGAGCCAGUUAAUGGAUCUAAUGGCACUUCUCUACAAGAUACACAGCAAGCUCCUGCCACGUCGGUCAUCGCGCAGGGGGUUACCCCUGUAG